GUUUGUCAAGUAUAAAUAGACCUUCAAGCCUCACUUUCCCUUCUUUUUUUCUUUCCCUUCACAUUUUUAUACAUUUAUCAAACUAAAAAUGUUGUCACCUCCAGAUCAAUCAAGUUCAGAACAACAACAACAACAACAACAUUCCAGAGAAAACUGUCAAGGUUGUCGUCAUUGCUGGCAGCGAAGUAGCAUAAGGUGGACUCCACCUGUUAUUCAGUGCUUUAAUUGUGAAACAAAUACAACUCCAUUGUGGAGAAGAGAUGAAACUGGAAAUACUAUCUGCAAUGCAUGUGGAUUAUAUUUCAAACUUCACAAUGUCCAAAGACCCAUCACAAUGAAGAGGAACGUUAUCAAAAGACGCAAAAGAUUUAAUAGUUUACCACAACAACUAGGCAUGGAUACAAAUAAUACAUCAUCUAUAUCAUCUAUAUUAUCAAAUAUGAUACUCGAACCAUCAAAUUUUCAAAAAAAUUUAGAAGCACGUAGAGAACACCUUGAAAAAGAACUUGAACAUGUAACAAAAUUACUAUCACAAACCAGUGAAAUAUUAAAAACAGUAGAAUCCGUAAUGACCAUAAUGAACCUUCAAAGACAAUCCUCCCCUGCCACAGAAACUGCUAGCCAAGAAAAAAAUUUAUUAACUUCACUAAUGAUGCUCGGCAUGGCAGCCAAUGCGGAUAAACCCACAUCACCUUCCGCGUUUAAAAAAAGUAUUCCAUCCUUAUUUGAAGCUAUACCCUCUCUUUACAAUACUGAAUCAGAAAAAAAACAAGCACCUUCUUCACCUCCACCACCGCCACCUUCAUCAACCUCAUUUUUAUCAAGGUAUCAAUUAACACCAUCCUCAUCGUCAUCAACCUGA